CUUUUCCUUUUCAAAAUGCCAACCAUAUAUAUGCUGACUCGGCUUUUACCCUGGCAAGCUCAGACCCAAGGCUCUUGAGUCAUUGAGUCUCUCACACAUCUCUUUCAACACACCAUCUCCUGGCCUGCAAACAAAAAGCAACAACUAUAACGAUAAUAAAUCACAAGCCUAGGUGUUUACUUAGUGCCUCCCCACUCUCACUCCACUGUGUCCUCCACUGAGCAACAUUUUAAACAGGUCUUUCUUCUCCAAAAGUGGUUUGUUCAAGUGAUUUCUGAAAUUAUGUAUUCUCAAGCAUUGAGAGCCAUGGCAGUGGCCUCACUGGUGGUUCACCUAUGCAUUUCUAUGGGGGAGGGAUCUUCUUCAUCGUCUUUGUCUCAUUCUGAUAAGAUUUUCAGGCUUCCUGGACAACCCCAUGUGGGUUUUCAACAAUUUUCAGGUUAUGUCACUGUGGAUGACAAGAAGCAUAGAGCUCUUUUCUAUUACUUUGUUGAAGCAGAAACAGGUCCAGCUUCAAAGCCUUUGGUUCUCUGGUUGAAUGGAGGGCCUGGCUGUUCUUCUCUGGGAGUAGGGGCUUUCUCUGAAAAUGGACCCUUUAGACCAAGUGGGAAGGUUUUGGUGAGAAAUGAAUACAGCUGGAACAGAGAAGCAAAUAUGUUAUAUGUGGAGACACCAGUUGGAGUGGGAUUCUCUUACGCCAUUGAUAGCUCCUCCUAUGUUGCAGUAGAUGACGAGGCAACAGCCAGGGACAACGUUGUAUUCCUGCAACGCUGGUUCAAGAAGUUCCCCGAGUAUAGGCAUAGGGACUUGUUUAUAACUGGAGAGAGUUAUGCAGGUCACUAUAUUCCUCAACUUGCAAAGCUUAUGAUUGAAAUUAACAGAAAGGAAAAGUUAUUCCACUUGAAAGGCAUUGCAUUGGGUAAUCCUGUUUUAGAAUUUGCUACAGAUUUGAAUUCAAGAGCUGAGUACUUGUGGUCUCAUGGGUUGAUAUCAGAUUCAACAUAUAGAAUGUUCACUGCUGCUUGUAACUAUUCAAGAUAUGUGAGUGAAUACUACAGAGACUCAGUUUCAACUAUUUGUUCGCGCGUUAUGCACCUGGUUAACAAAGAAACCAGUAGGUUUGUGGACAAAUAUGAUGUCACCCUUGAUGUUUGUAUUCCAUCCAUUCUCUCACAGUCAAAGGUGUUAAGACCACAGCAAUUUUCUGAGAGGAUAGAUGUAUGCGUUGAUGAUGAAACCAUGAAUUAUCUGAAUCGAAAGGAUGUGCAGAAGGCUUUCCAUGCCCGGCUUGUUGGAGUUGGCAAAUGGGAAGCUUGUAGCAAUUCUUCAUUUCUUCUUCUUCUUUUUAAUCACAGCAUUCUGGAUUAUGAGGUGCUUAACCUAGAGAUACCCACAAUCCAUAUUGUUGGAUCACUUGUCAAGGCUGGAAUUCGAGUGUUGGUUUACAGUGGGGAUCAAGAUUCUGUGGUUCCACUGACUGGUAGCCGCACACUUGUUCAUAGACUGGCAAAGGACUUAAGACUCCACACAACUGUACCUUACAGAGCUUGGUUUGCAGGAAAACAGGUUGGUGGAUGGACUCAAGUUUAUGGCGACGUCCUCUCAUUUGCCACAAUCAGAGGUGCUUCUCAUGAGGUUCCAUACUCGCAGCCUGAGAGAUCACUGGUGCUAUUCAAGUCGUUCCUGAAAGGUCAACAUUUAUCAGAAGUUUUCUGAUGUUGUGGUGAGGCCCAAAGUCGUAUAAUGAUGAGAGAUGUAUGUACAAGUAACAUAUAUAUUAGUUGCUGUAGUCACCAAAGCAUUCUUUGUCUUGGCUUGGAGAAAGAAAAGUGUAUGUGUGAUCAUGAGAUUUUCUCAAUAGAAAGGAUCUUUGAAUUGAAGAA